CCUCGUCAUCCCAAGAUCAUCUCUCCCUCUCCCUCUCUCUCACAAGUCUCACCAACUCUUUUCUCCCCUUCUCCCCUCCUCUGCCUCCCGUCUGGCUCGCGACUCUGCCACAUUCGACCCAUGCGCCGUUCCUAGGCUCUCUUCCGCCUCGUUCUACUGUCUCUGCAUGAUCUCAUCGAGUCUUGUACACCCCCUCGCAUACCCCUGAUUCCCAGGCUUCUUUACACAAGACCGCGGAUACUCUAACGCAUAUCCCGCUUCGCACCCCCCCGUUCUUCCGCCGUUCGACUGUCACUCUUUCCAUCUUGGCCAUACUUCUCUGCCACCGACCUCAACUCAGCCUCACCGCGAAACGCCGCAAACAACUCUUUUGCUUUCGAAAUCACCUCAGUACCUUGAUGCUCGCAUACCUGGACAAGUUUGAUCUAUUUCUUGUUGCUUGACCCAGUUGUUCCCCACGGCGCCUGUACGAAUACACAAUCAGCGAAAAGCAUAAGCGCUGGACGAGAGAAACGACCAACACAUCUAGGCCGCGCAAACGCCGCCGCCCUCCACGACCACAUCUUCUUCUUGUGGCUAUUCCUCUUGCUCGCUGGCGACUGCUUUCCUCCUCCACAUUCAACUACUCUGGGGUAUCGCAUCGUCUUGUCAAUACAGUCUCGUGCCUUUUGCACCAAUCCACAAACUGGUGCAAGACUGCUUCCUGGAGCCCUGUUGCGACUGUCGCCUAACCCCACCUUCAGCCUGCUCAGUUGAUCGCUUCCAAUCCAACCAACUCAAACAAGUCGGAACAUGACAGCGCUUGUCUUCUAACAACUCUCAAAGAGUAGUCUCGUCCUCGGCUUUGGCUCCGUUUGCCUGAUUUACCGUACCUUUACAUCAAGCCGACCUAUAUAUCACGAUUAGCCUCUCCUACAAUCUCCCCCAUACACUCGCGUCGUGUCGUGGCAAUGGCUUCGACAUACGCCGUACCUCCCGCGGCCUUGCACGAUGGACAAGCUAGCGAUGCCCACAACCCCUCCCCACCAAGCAGUGGUCAACGGCGACUGACUGCCACUUCAUUUGACCCGAAUCAUCUCUCGCCUUCGUCUCAGUUGCAGAGCAGCUCCGUCUCACCCAACUAUAACGAUACUCCGGCAGAGUCCAUCUCUAACUACAGCCAAUAUCAUUCGAGCGACUUCAGCGAUAUGGAUGAUGGACUGGACCCUUUCUUUGGCGUCGACUUUAGCAAUACUGAAGCGGGUACGCCCUCUUUCCUUGACCCGGAGCACAGAACCGACAGCUUCGGCCAGGCCACAAUUUCUCAGGCGAGAAGCAAAAACCUGGACGCUAAUACCUAUCCAUUCACCCCUGAGCAGACGGCAUCACUGCACACGACUUCACCGCGCAGCGAUAUGAGAACGAUUGCCAAGUCUGUGCCUGAGCGACUCCCUCUAUCCAUCUCACCUCAGGAGCUACAAAGGCCAUUCCAGCCUCCUCAGAUUUCCACUUUCGCCGCACAGUCCACAUCUCAGUUGACACCAGAUCUCAGUGGUAGUGGUCGUUCCAGUGAGGACAGCGCAGUGCCGUCUCCUCCCAUGAUGGCUGCUCAGAGUCCUCGAGUGACUGUCUCCAUGUGGGGAAAAGAUGCUACCGAACCGGUGCAGUCAAUUGAGCGCACAUUCACACCAGAUGACGAGAACUCGACCACAGCACAUGCCGGGCUCAGCUCCGCUGGUGACUUGAUCUCGUCCCAAGGACCAGUCGCCGAUACGACAACCCCACGACGCUCAUCGUUCAGCCGCCAUGGUUUAGAUCCGACGAAUAGGCCCUCUACUGAAGUUGCCAGCGUAAAUGACAUUAUGACUCGCCGUGAGAUCGAGGAAAAGAACCAGGAAGUUGAUCAAUGGCUGUCUCGUAGCUUGAACAACGACCCAGCUGCAGCCUCUUCUCAGCCAGAGACCAGAUUGCAUGCUAGCCCUGAUGCCAUGGCUGGGGAAGACGGCAUCCAUCUUGGCAACCAGACUGAAAACCGCCAUCAACCUGGACAAACUUAUUUCACAGCUCGCGGCGGCGAGAUGACGGCUACGGACUUCCAUAUCAUGAACUCGAACCGUGUCUGGGGGGACUCGCCCGUUGUACACCCUAUUAGUGGCCCAGACACAGACCGAUACCAGCCGGAAUCUUCACAAGCUGCAAUUGCUCGUUUCAACAGAAUGUGUAUGGAUAACGAAUCCAUCAUUUCCAAAGCGGCUACUUGGGGCACACGAAGACGCAGUCUGCCUAGCGUUAUCGACAUGGACACCGAGAACGUCACCAGUGGGAACCUAUUGAAGAAGCUUUCCAUCAGCAGAGGCGAGGGAGGUCGUAGGCCAAGCAUCCUCAAGGAUUUGCGCGGCCUCGUCCGUCGGCCGAGUGCCAGCCAUUUGCUCAAGCGGUCUAGGAGCACCAAUGGCGAAAACAUUCCCAAGUCGGAGGCUCCGCCCCCUAUGGAGAAGCGUGAGAGUUUGCCUCAUCUUCUACCCACUGCACGAACUGGCAGCUGGGGGUCCAAGAAGACACCUACGCCUAGUAUCAACACCGCCCUCGUCACCAUGGGAAGCAGUGUGGCUUCAAUUGGCACAACACACGCACGAAACGGUUCAAUUGGCGGCACGCCCAUCACAUCACCAAAGAGUCCAUUUGGCAGUCUACAAGUCAAAAACACACUUCGUCGGCCAAGGAGCAAGUCGGAUCUACCAAAAGCUAGCGGAAACGAAACACACUCAAACCUUGUUGGCAUGUGGAGGAAAUCAGGCGGCCCGCCUGUGGCUGUCCUUGCCAAGAGUAACUCGACAAAUGUUGACCUGGAUGAGGAUGAUGACGACGAGGAUGACCUUUACGAGGAUGGUGACAUGAAUGCCGAAUCCAGCAAGUUGAUCCAGGAUGUCUCGCCAAACUUCGCAGGCUUCCAAACGCAUGUUCUCCGCCUGAAUCCGGAUCUGGCAACCAACAAUAACUAUCUCGUUGAUCGCAUCGCCCAUCAGCAGGUUGUUCGCUACAAGAGCCUACUCAAUGCCAAGGUGAAGCAUCUUGGAAUUGGCCAGGCCUGCACGUGCGGAUCGUUCUGUUUGGCUCGUGGUGGUCGGCCAGUCCUGCUCGACCAGAAGGGCGAUUCACGAGACAUUGACCCUCUGUCUACGGGCGCUGACUCUGGGGACGGAGACUCAACCCCUGUGGAGGGUGCUAUUACCAAGGAUAGCUUCCCCCAGGACAUACCUAUGCCGCCUACGCAAUCCCUCCCGGCGGAGUUCGAAUGCCAGCUCUGCUUCACGCUGAAGAAGCCCAAGAAGCCCUCUGACUGGACGAAGCAUGUGCACGAGGAUGUACAGCCUUUCACUUGCACUUGGGACAGAUGCCGUGACCCCAAGAUCUUCAAGCGUAAAGCCGACUGGGUACGCCAUGAGAAUGAGGGCCAUCGGCAUCUAGAGUGGUGGACAUGCGACGUUGAGGACUGUCGGCACACAUGCUACCGCCGGGACAAUUUCUUGCAGCAUCUCGUGCGCGAGCACAAGUUUGUCGAACCGAAGAACAAGACUAAAGCCGCCAUCAAACGGGCUGGUGCCAUCGAUCCCACGUGGCACAAGGUAGAACAGUGCCGUCAUGAAACAACGAAGAGGCCACAGGAGGAGCCUUGCCGUUUCUGUGGCAAGCAGUUUCCUACGUGGAAGAAGUUGACAGUCCAUUUGGCAAAGCAUAUGGAGCAUCUCAGUCUACCUAUCCUACAUCUGGUCGCUGCCAAGGAGCUGGAGCCAGACACCAUUAUCAGUCCGGUGCAAGACCCCCCGCCCAGAGCUCCUUUCAAUGCGCCAACUCCCCUGGACGAGUCAGUCGUCAAGAGUGAACCCUCUAUUCACAACUAUGGGAACCAGUCGUCGUAUCAACCUCACGCCAUGAUGGCGAACAACAAUGGUUUAUACCAGAACAUGAACAACCUUGGGUUCUCCGGGGUCGCGGGUAACUCGCAGUUCCCAGACUACAUGUACUCUUCCCAGUAUCCGAACACUAGUCAGCCGAUGGCUCAGAACUUGAUGAGCAUGCAGCCUGUCAACCGAGCAACCCAGGGAUUCAACCACCAAUACCAGAACACAAACAACGUGGCCAUGCCUGCCGCAUCAUAUAUGGGAGCCCAGCAACAAUACAUGUCGUUGGCACAAGAAACUGAGCCCUUUCCCGCACUCGACCACAACGCCCUUGGACUACACCAGCCUGGGCAGAUGGGUGUGGGCAUGGCCUAUGAUGGACUCAUAGGACAGAGCAACAUCGAGGAGAACCAGUACAAUUCUCAGGGGUCUAUCUCACCGUAUUCACACUCUCCCCUCCAAGGUGGUCAAGGGUUCUACCCACCACAAUAGAUCAUGCAGUAUCUGUGUGCCUCAACCGAGGCCAUGAAAUAUUCGCUUCAAUCUUCUCGCGUAUUUAGAUACCCUUUUUCAUAGCAAUUUAGUCCGGUUAUUUCUUCAUCUGUAUGGAAUGCGAACGCCGGACCCGGCUCUCGCUUGACGAUGUAUCGAUGUUACGGCCUAUACCAGUGUCAGAGCAAGCAUGGUGGCGCUCAGGAUGGAGGAUCAGUAAGAAAUCUAGACGGUCAACGGAGUCACGGAAUAUUCUAAGCUGAAUAAUGCCAUGCACUGUGGUAGCUAGGGAUGCCACGCAAGAGAAAGAGUGCAAGUGUCGAGUACCAAGUUGACGGGAGCGAGUGUUCUUUAUAUAUCUGGACAAUGUAUGUUUUACAUCGUAUUCUCAGACCUGAAUGAGAUCUGC